CAAUUUUUGCGGGAAACACAAAAUAGACCAAUCGCGUGCCGAGAUUGCCUUCCUAUGCUUUCUCUAUGGAAGAACGCCGUCGACUCACCCGUGGAGCCUUAGCGUUAAAGUCUACCCUUCCACAGCAUCAUGCCACGUGCCAAAUUAGUAGAUACUAAACCUCGUGGGCGGAUGUCCGCCUAUGCCUUUUUUGUACAAACUUGUCGAGAAGAGCAUAAGAAAAAACAUCCCGAUGAAAAUGUGAUUUUCUCAGAAUUUUCUCGCAAGUGUGCUGAUCGCUGGAAGACCAUGACUGACAAAGAGAAACAACGGUUCUAUGACAUGGCUGAAAAAGACAAAACUCGCUAUGACACAGAGAUGCGAGGAUACAGAGGACCUCGUCAGGCUCGUGCCACACGAAAAAGGCGUAAUCGUAAGGACCCCAAUGCUCCCAAGAGAGCUCUAUCGGCAUUCUUUUGGUUUUCCAAUGAUGAAAGACCAAAAGUGCGAGCUGCUAACCCUGAUAUGGGUGUGGGAGAAGUUGCAAAGCAACUUGGUGCAGCGUGGAGUAACACACCACCUGAGGUCAAAGCAAAGUAUGAAGUCAUGGCAGAAAAUGAUAAAGCCAGAUAUGAGAAGGAAAUGAAAGCCUUUAAGGAGGGGAACUUUGGAGCUAAGAAACUGAAAACUGCAGUUGCCACUGAAGAUGAUGAUGAUGAUGAGAGUGAAAGUGAAGAGGAAGAUGAUGAUGAUGAAGAGGAUGAAUGAACUUUACUUUUACCUUAUAAAUGACCUGAAGUAUUAUAGGGUUUUGUUUGUUUUAGACUUUAGGCAUUUGAAAUGUAAAUUCUUUGGAUAUGAACGGUGCCUUUUUCUUAAGGCAAACUGUAUAUGAAUUUAUACCGGUAAUGACAAUCCUAAUUUUGUUUUUCCUCUGCCGAAAUUUUAGUUUAAAAGGCCAGUGGUCCUUUUAUGUACGUGUAUUUUCAGAUAUGCCAAAGAAAAUGGUAUGUUUUAUUUUUAUUAAUAGGAUCAAAGAAAUUUGGUUUGGAAUUAUAAAUAUUUAUUUCUGAGUGACUAAUUUAUUUUAUUUUAUAGUUUUAGUAUCUUGGAAUAACAAUAUUACGUUGAAAACUAAUGAAUGUUUCACAUGUAUACUUGUACAUAUGGCAUUUUUGUAUGAUUGGUGGACAUUAGGAGAUCUUUGAGGAGUCUGGAUCAUUGUACGAAAUGAUCGCUAGGUUUUAGCCAGAUUGUCUAUCAUCGUCGAUGUAUUUCACCCUCAUAGCUAUUAUUUGUACAUCAUGUCAUAAUAGGGUUCUAAAUGGUCAAGCUAAUUCAUUUACAAGUCUGAUAAACAAUAGGAAUUAUUGAAUUUGGAAAUUAUUUCCCUAUAAUUUUGAUUGGCGUUUCGUAGGGAUAAGUUUUGCACAGGCGAGUGUUUGUGAGUGAUAUGAAGUGUCAGCUCCAUUCCAUAAAGUAGAGCCCAAUAUAACUAGGUAACUGUUUCCUAUUGUAAAACAGUUGGUGUAAUUAAGGACUUGAAUGCAGAUGAAUUGAGCUUUACUAUUUAUUGUAUAAUCUUCUUACACUACACCAUUUUGUUGUUGACCUUUUGUAUGAAGAGUACAAUAAAGAAUGCAGUUUGUAA